AUGAAAUCCUCCCCCUCUACCACUACAAACCCCCAACCGACAAAGUCAAUCUUACUAGUUGGAUCCACAUCGAGUUAUUUUGGUGGAACAGGUGUAGCCGCCUACAUCGCGUCGAAGCAUGGCGUGCUGGGUCUCCUGCGGGCGUGUCAGGGUGUUGCCCGCCGACACGGCGUCCGGGUUAAUGCUGUCGCGCCAUUUUUGACACCCACUUAUAUCACCGCGGGCUUUGCGCAUAAGUGGGAUGAGGCGCGUCUUGAGAAGAAUACUCCGAAUGGAGUUGCCGAGGUUAUUGCCGCUGUCGCUUUGGAUGAAGAACGCCAGGGAAACUGUGUUAUGGUUAGAUAUACCUAUCGCAUGUAG